AUGAACGACCCUUAUGGCGCCCCGUCAAGACGCGGGGUUCCCCAUGUGGAGGCCAAUGCGAACAUCCAGUUCGUAAGCAAUUCGAUAUCACCAAUGUCAGAAGAAACACAUCUGUCAGAGGAUAUCCAGGUCCCACGAUCCCCCCAACAACUAUCCCUGCAGAUAAAUGGGUCGAAUGCCGGGUCGCAUGAGAAGGACUGCUCGAAUGUUUACGUUGAAUCGUCAGAACGCGGUAGCGAUACAUCGGGCGAUAGUCGGCAAUCAGAGCUGCAGUCCGCCAGUGCUUUCACCGAGUCCUUGCCCAGUCUACCCUUAUCCUCAUUAAACGAUUCCAGCCGAUCUAUGGAGGAUAGCCUGCGCGUGCGGGAUUCGGAUUCAUCAACACCUACAACGGAACAGAGGAUAUCGCAUUCUCAGGAUACAUUCAAGUCACUUUCAAUGAAUGGAAAUGAAGGGUUGGAUGGCUCUCAUGCAGAUGUGAAGCUAGAGAAAGAAAGCGAAGACUCCCUAGGGCCAUUGCGCUCAUGGAGGCAAUCAAGUUCGCGAUUUGGGGUUGGGAAACUUACGCCGGGCCAUAAAAGAACCGCUAGUGGGGAUAUCAAGCCUGUCUCGUCCAAUUUGGCAGCAUACCAGGAUUCCGAUGCCAAUGGGGCUACACGCCGGCGUUCAAAGAGUACAGGCUCGCCGGCCCAUGGAACUAGGAUUGCACAAUUAUCCAUUCAUAUUCGAACCCGACUUUCGUAUGCGGCUGCCAAAAUAGAGAAGGCCCGCCAAUCGCGUGAAAUCGCGGAACUUCCACUGCGCGGGCUCGCAACCCUUUCUUCAUUGAGCUCACCAGCACCGAAUGGUGCCAUAUCAACAACGGCCUCAAACCCAACACGGCCACCUGGUUUAGAACCAUCACCGCCAGACACACCCCGCUCCUUCCCCUCUCAUCACCGUUCACAGUCAGCAAUAACCUCCGGCAAACUUCUUGCCAUUCCCAAGCUGGCACCUCCUGUUGAUAUUAUAUCAUCAAAUGGGGACUCUCGUCGCCGGCGACCUAACCCCAAUUUGGUCCCAAAAUCAUUUGAGCGGAGCCAAUAUGGCCGCCAUCGACGACAUCAUUCACAUCAAGAACAUUUGAUCACUCGACCGUUGAACGGCUCCCCAUCCGUAGUGGGACCUGGAACACCGUCGAUUGCGCCCUAUAGACAAGCACCUACAUCCGCACAAGAUGGAUACUACGGGUCCCGAACCCAAUCUCAGAAUAGUGCAAUGGAACAAGACGCAAUUGAAACGCUCAUGUUCAUGUCCAGUCCUGAAAACUCUGGGUAUCGCUCCAGUCCUCGGCCUUUACAGCCACCCGCCGCACAAAAGAGCCUGAACGAGUCACUCUAUUCCAAGCAAAAUGGAAUGACAACUCACAGCCAAAGCUCACAAAGCACAGCAUCUGGAGGGCGAGGGUUCCCGUCAAAAACGCACGGAUUGGGCCUUGAAGCCGGCGCAGGGGAUGAAAUUGACCGCCUUCUUGACCAGAUGGAAAGUGACAGUGACGAUGAUGCACACUUUACAGCGCAUCGUCUUGGGCUCAGGGGACAGGCUUCUAAAGGGGAUCAUGCACAGUCGAGGUGA